AUGAAAGGAAAGGCACUAUCCAGCUCAACAGUUGCUCCCAAGUCCUAUCCUAUCCUAUCCUAUCCUAUCCUAUCCUAUCCUAUCCUCUGUAAACUCGAGCAGCAAGGUGGGAGCUCAAGUGCAGAGCAGCACCAGAGCACCAGCACAGCUCCCAGCCCUGUGCCAGGCUGGCUCUGUCCCUGCUUUUUGGGAUCGACAUCGCAGAGAUCUGUGCCGAAAGCACAGGAAGGCCCAGCAUGGCCUGCAGGCCCCCAGCCGCCUCCUCCCUCCUUCUGCUGCAAAAUCAGCUCCAAAGGGCAGGGGUGCUUUUCUCUGUCUCUCUUAAAUGCUGCUUUGCCAGCUUGCCGGCUGCUUUCAACAGCGUACUCGUCACGGAGGAAGCCUCAGAGUGAAGAUGCAGAAAGCAGCGCUGUGCGGCCGGGGAGCAGCGGCUGUGGCAGCAGGCAGGGCCGCAGCACCAGGAGCGCCCUGGGCCGGCUGCUGCGGGCUGCAGGGGGCCAGGGGCUGCAGCUCCCCCUUCAGCCGCUGCCCUCCAAGAGUCCAAGUGCAGGUGAUGCUCCCGGUGCUCUGACAGCUGGAGCCUCAGUGAAGUCUUUCCAAAGGCCCGUGUGGAGCUGGGGCAUCGCAGGAGGAGUGAAACCAGUCCGUGCAAGGCUGAGGUCGAUGCUUUCCCCGCUGUGGGAGCCCUAUCCCGCGUAGCAGGGACGCGUUUUCCCCGGCUGUGAGCCGGAGCUCUCCAGCAGCCCUGCUACAGGGGCUCUGCCUCCAGCGCCUCCGGAGGCCCCUCCGAGCUCCUUUUCUAGGGCAGGGAUUGAAGCUGCCGCAUCCGUGCUGCUCUGCACAGCCUCCACCCAGCCCUUCCCCGCUCAGCAUCCCUUAUCUCCCGGAGCAGCGGCCGCACGCUUCCUGCCAGACCCUCCUCGCGGGGUCAUUUCCCAAAGAAUUAAUGACUGCUCUGGAGGAACGUGAGGAGCUGGGAGUACGCGGGAGAGCGGCACGCGGUGAGGGGGCAGCUCUGCACCUGCUUCCCGGGCGUGCGAUGCUCCCGGAGCCAAAGUUCAGCCUUAAAAACAUUCCCCAAAAUAAUGAUCCACCCGCUGAGCAGCAAACUCCCGGCGGCUGCUGGAGCACCUCCGGAAAAGCGUCGCAUAUUUGAAGUCAGCAUGAUUUAAUCUAAAUGUGAAUGUCUCAAUUACAUCGCUAUUAUGGGGUUACAGAGAGUCACAGUUCGGUAAUUACAGCCUCGAUGCUACAUAUGGUUAAUACAUUUCAAUUACACGUUAAUUUAUUGAAAUACAUUCCUACCUUAAAAACCUCUGAAAUUCUGUGGUAGAUGGAAAAUUUGGGCCAGGGGAACAACUACAACCACUUGAGCUGAAAUGGCCAGUGUAGCACAACUUCUGAAGUGACACCUUUGACAGACUCAUCAAAGAUCUGAUUAAAAUGAUCCAAAUAUUCUCCUAGUAGUCUAUUUUUCAGACAGAAGAUUUUGCUUUAAAAUGCCUGCGAACGAGAGUAACUUCCAACUGACAGAUGAAACUGAGCACAAGCCUAAAGACAAACUGCAGCUCGUAAAGAAAAACAGCUCCUGGUUUUAUGGAGCUUUGUUUUGUCUCAGCAGUUUAUCAUCAAGAGCUUGUUUCCCUGCAGCCUUUGUAAACUCAGUUAAAAAAAAAAAAACAUCUGCAGACUCAAAGGUGAUGUGUGGAACACUCAAACGUGGAAAGAUAACAAGGAAUUAAAACUUAGUUUCAAACCAAAACCCCCCAGAACCUCACCUUGAUUCCGCUCCUUGUCUGAGUAUUUGCAGGGCUCAAAAAAGUCUCUUCCCUAUUUUCUAUCUUGAGGAAACCUUUAACAGGAUCAGUAUCUCUUAUCUGGAAAGCCACAGAAUCUAUGGCUGCCAUUGGGAAUGGCUUUUUGGACACAUAAAACUUGUUUCCAUCUGACACUGGCUAACAUUUCUAAGCCAGAGCUGUGGAUCAGCUCAGAACAACUAUUUUUCCUCUCUAUAAUUCAGUAAUUCAGUAACUCAUCCUUGUCCCACAGGUGGGUUGAUCAGAAACUUAGAAAUCUCCAGAAAUUCUGAAUGGAGUCACUGCAGCACUUUCAGUGAAAUAAAUGGACAAAGAAAUCCACCAUAAGGAAGAAAUCUACAAAUAGCCCCAAUGCAGCAGGUGGUCGCAUCAUCUGGCUGCCAGAAAAAGGGACUGAACACAUGGAAAAUGAAACUUAAAACUGAAGUUGUAAAUACAAAUGAAAAACAAAACUUAAAACUGCAAUUGUAAAUACAGUCAUUGCUUUAAAAG